AUGGGUGAACCGAAAAAGGGAACAAUCCUCGCCCGCAACAAGGAGGGCACCCUCGAAGCCUCAGCCCUCCUCUGGCGCGCCCUCACCUCUGACAAGCCAGAGACGAUGCGCAAGUACAUCACAAAGGACGCGGUGCUCGCAGAGCCCGACAGGAGGGUCUACUCGCCAAAGACGGAGCCCACGCUCGACGAGUACAUCGAGGAAGACUACGAGCCCUGGACCGCGUACAAGAUCCACGGGGAGCCAGAGUUUGUCGAGAUCGACAUGAUGGCCUCGGCCCUCACCUAUCGCGUCACCGCUUGGAAGCUCAAGGGAGGCGAGAUGGUCGCUACUGAGGGGUGGUGCUCGAGUGUGUUUAGGCAAGGUCCUGGGGGAGAUUGGACGUGCUGCUGUCACCAUAUGGCCAAGAUUUGA